AUGCUGUCGUCGGCCAAGUCCAUGGACGACGAGGCGGCGCGGAUGGCGGUGCUGCGCGACCCGAAGCGCAUGGCGGCGCUGCUGGUUCGCGCCUUCUCCUCCUCCAUGGCGGACGAUUCGGACGCCGCGCAGCGAGAGCGCGCGCACGAGGAAGAUGAGAACGAGGACAAGCCGCUGGACGAGGAGGAGCUCGAGGCGGCGGCCACGGCGCUGCAGACGGCCACGCGUAUCGUGGAGGAGCUGCGGCUCAAGAUGCUGCUGAAGGAGGGGCAGCAGCAGCAGCAACAGCAGCAAGGCAACAACAAUGACAACGAGCCGCCCUUUUCGUCGGUUGGUUCGGUCGUGAUGACGCCGCCGCUGGCACCUCGCUCGGAGAAAUGUCCGUCGACAAGUGAAGGCCCCGGUGUGCCCGUGCCACGUGCUCGUGUACGAUAUAACUCAGGUUGUCAAAGUUGCGGCAAAUCGUUCAACCCGUUCAACCGCGCUAAGAACUGCACGGCAUGUGGCUACGCCUUCUGCCCGAAAUGCUCGUCGAAGAACAUGGUGCUGCCGUCAUGCUUUGGCCAUCAGGAUGAGUCCGUGCGCACCUGUGAUCUCUGUGUGAAGUGGCUCCAGAAGGCGCUGGACACAUACUUUGACGCUAUGGAGAUGGCGAAAACCCACGAUCAAGAUUCGACGGUCCAUCGAGGUAGUAUGGGCGAGAUUAUGAUCGAGGAAAAACCGCGGGCCAUGUCGGUCAACAACAGUUCGGUACCUGUGAGUGACGGAGUGCUGUCGGUCAUAACACGGCAACGCUCGUCUGUUUCAUCGCCUGAUCCUGUUCCAAGCUGUCCCAAUGAAGAAGACGCAGAAGACGGUGCUGAUAGAGAGGAACAGCGCGCUGCUUCGUCUUCCACGACGUCAACAUCAGCUUCGACAUCAAGGCGACGCCAUCGCCAUGGGUCAAUAUCGUCUACCCCGUCUCCGUCAAUGAACAAGAACAAGCCCUGGUUUAGCGGCCAUUUACGCGCGAUCCAUGUGAAUGACAGGCUUCCUCGAAAGAAGAAGGUCCGAGGUGAGAGUGAGUGUGACAACGAAAACAAUAGUCCGGAGCUGAGAUCGCGGAGGAGCCGUUUAGGUAGCGUGGCGAAAGCGCGACGCUCCAAGUUUUCGAGAUCAGCGAGCUUUGAUCUUACGAAUCUGCAGGCCGCUGCAUCCCCCGAUUCGUCAUCUGGAUCUCCAGCUAUGAAACGUUGCCAUACCUUUGGUCCUGAUGAAGCGAGAAGCAUUGCUGCUGAUGCAUUUGAUGACAGUGAUAUUGUGGAUGAACGUGCGCAGAUCGACUCACCGGAAGUGAAGAUGAAAAGUGAAGCAAAACUAUCUGCGGCUGUGUUGCGCUUUGCGGUUUACGAAAUGGGUGCGAAAGAGAACGCGGGUCUUCGUCGCACGUUUGGCUUUACGAAAGCUAACCCAGUGCUGGACCGGUAUACUUUGGAGCUUGAUUGUCGCCAGCGUAUCGUGCGAGCGAAGUCGGUGUUCAUGCAUCGCUUCUGGUCGUUCCACUGCGAUUCUGUUCAAUCGUUUGUAUUCGGGUCUUCAGAAGGAAUGGCACGUCUCAUUGUGUUUAAUGGCGGGCAGGGCAACCAGUCUCUCGAGUUAAAAUUUGCGAAUGAUGACGAAAGAGAGCAAUUCAAGCAAGCGAUGGAUAGCUGCAGGUCAACAAACCUGGACCGGAUGCGUGGAUUUGCUUUGGGAGCUGCGAUGUCACUUCCUGUGCGCCCGGAGCUUCCUCCAUCUCCUGUGCCAGACAACCUGCAGUCGCCGCUAAUACCCCCUCAGCCGAGCACCACGUUUUCAGGAGAUACGUCAACGUCGAUUGAGUCGGAGCUGGGACUGGUUCGCGAUACAGGCGGCAAAAAUUCUGUUGAUUCCCCCGUUUUACAAUCCAUCCAUGUGCCACUUUUGCCUGGGGAGGUGGUGGUGAAAGACACUGAGCUUCCAGUAACACUGCUAAUCGGUCCAGCCAGCGAAACCUUUGAAUCAACUCUCGUGUGGGGGCGUCUGAGAGGCAAGGUAGCCGUGACAAAUUACCGGGUGAUGUUCAUUCCAUUCGACCGAGUGCGAGCGAUUCAGCCACGGUGUGGUGGGCAAGGCGGAAUCGCAUACAUACCAUUAUUUGCUAUUACGAACACCCAGCUACUUUAUCCUGGAGGACGGCGAACAAAGUCUGGACGCACUUACUACGCAGGGAUGACAGGCUCUGCAUCAAUCAUCUCCAUCAGCUGCAAGGACAUUCGUGUUUUGCGAUUCCAGUUGGACACCCAUCCUUCCGUGUCGGACGAUCACGCGCACAAGUUACGGGCAACUAUUGCGAAGAUGGCCGAUGCGUCUCAGCGAUACACUGUCGUAGAACGGGGCAGCUCUUCACGAACGAGCUCUCCAGGUCUUGCUCCCUUAUCUAGUACGACAAGUGGCACCGAUACACCGCCCGAGAAGGAUGGUGACGCCAGCGGUUCUUGGCAGGAGCCUUCCUCUGUGCUUGGCCAUGCCAUGUCGCGAACUCCUGCAUAUGCAGCAUCACCAGUCCUUCGCCCUGAUCGGCUUCUGGCAAUUCCUCGCGAAAUUAGCGGAUCUUUCGCAUUUUCAUACUUGAUCGAUGGUGUGUCUGCUGAUCAGAACGGCUGGAAUAUCUUUGUGGACGAACGUGAAUUUAAGCGCCAGAUUGGCGGCGAUCCAGCAGUCUCACCGUUCCUGAAGUUCUACAAGAAUGACAGAGGCAACAUUUGCAAGUCCUAUCCGUCAAAGUUGCUUCUUCCAGCCUCCAUGAACUCCUCGACGCUGGCCAAAGUGGCUGAUUUCCGGGCGAAAAACCGAUUACCUGUGAUCACCUAUUACCAUCGCCGCAAUCGGUGUGUCUUGACUCGUUCCAGCCAACCACUGCUGGGAAGUUUGCUUUCGGGAAGUUCAAACGUGUCUGACCAGCUGCUCUUGGGAGUGUAUCGCCGACUUCCAGACAUCAUCAAAAACCAGUCGCAAUCGUCGACUUCAUCGCGGCCGAUUUACAUUUUUGAUGCGCGAAAGCCGAAGGCCUCCACCGGUAACCGGCUUAUGGGCAAAGGAGGCGUUGAGACACCGCAAGAUUAUCCAGGCGCCGUCGUCCACCAUCUCAACAUCGCCAACAUGUAUCGGAUGCAGUCUUCCUUCAUGGGUUUGAUGAAGCUGUUCUUGCCUGGCGGCAUCGAGGAUGCCGAUCGCACGUGGCUAUCGAGUGUGGAGUCGACGAGGUGGCUGGACCAUGUGCGCCUUGUGCUGGAUGGCGCGCUGAAGAUCGCUCGUGUGCUGGAGUUAGAAGGAGCGUCCGCGCUGGUGCAUUGCAGUGAUGGCUGGGACCGCACGCCUCAGUUGUGUGCUUUGGCGCAGUUGAUGAUUGACCCGUACUUCAGAACAAUCCGUGGCUUCGCAACUCUCGUAGAAAAAGAUUGGCUAGCGUUUGGACACAAGUUCGCUGAGCGCACCUCUGGAGACCGCAACCGCGACCCGCAGCGCAACAAAGCAUCCCCCAUCAUGUUCCAGUUCAUUGACGCCGUGUGGCAGAUGCAACGCCAGUAUCCCCGUUCGUUCGAGUUCAACGAGCGCUUUUUAUUGCACCUGGCAAACGCGAUGACCUCGGGUCUCUACGGGACGUUCCUGUACGAUACGAGGCUUCAACGAGACGUGAACGAAGUCAAGUACAACAGCGUCUCUGUUUGGACACCCGUGCUGAUGCAGCCGUCGCUGUACACAAACAGCGACUACGAAAUGUACGACGGUCCUAUCUGGCCCUGGGUUAGCUGCAAAAUGAUUCGUCUGUGGGACAACUACUUCUUCCAAUGGCACCCCAAGUUUUAUAAGUGCGAGUGGGCAUGCAACUUGGUCUACCAUGGCCCUUCAAGCUCGCGUGGUAACACCAGCGAGAACGGGGACGGUGUCAGCGACAGUGGAGAGGAACUGAACGAGACACCGCACAUGCAAACCCCACUUGUUAGGGACCCGCCAGCUUUGGAUCUACUGGCGACACCAAUAACUUCCGCCAUCACUGAAGAUGACAACGAAGUACCGACAAUUAGUCUGUCGUCGGAAGAGGGCGACACCGACGGCAAGCGAUCCCGUACCUCUAGUGGAACGUACACGCGGAAAGCCUCGAGGCGAAACCUUUUUGGACUUAACCGCGGGAUUCGCCAGCGAGCGCAAAGUGAAGAAAAAGGUGAAACGUGCUAG